UGCAACGGUCAACAUCCAAGUGGAUCAGAUGUGAUGGAGGAGAGUAAAUCCAAAUCCACCGAUCGUUUUUACGAUCAAUCAGCGUCAUCAGCCGCUUAUCCUCAGACGUCUCAGUUUAGCUGCUACUCAAAUCCUGAGACCACAGGUUUCCUUGAGGGUAUGUUCACCAACACCACCACUGCUACAAGUGUUGUAGCACCUUCACCGGAUGGUAGUGUGCUGCCAACAACUAUAGGAUAUGACGCCACCAGUCAGUACGGCUUCGAUCCAACCACUGGACACUUUCUUGCUCCUGUCUCUUUCUUUUCUGGCACCAGUCAACCUGAGGGCAUCACCUCACACUCCUUAACUUCCCUUGACUCUCAGACUAUUGCAGCAUCGCACACCAGCAAACUUCAUCAUCAGCACACACCUCAUCACAAUCAUGGCCAUCAGCAUCAGCACCAUCAUCAUCACCAUCAACAGCGACCUCAACAAUUGGAGCAGCACAGAAGUUUGGAGGAAACGGCGUCCACGGGCCUUAGUCUCUCUCUCUCUCUCUCUCCAUGCAACGCAACGGCCGAAGCAGAGUGGCAUUCGAAGGGGCUAGGAACGGUAGGCAGGAUUGCGUACGAGGCCGCCACCCUUACCGCCCCUCUCCUCCCCUCCACUCCCCAACAGCCUUCAUCAUAUUAUGGAGGGAAGAAAAAAGGAAAGCCUCUCCGUAGUCGACAGUACAAACCCCUUUUUUUAUUUAUAGUUUCUUCAAACAGUUCGGUAACUGGUGCAGGUGGUAUCACACCCUCCGCCUACUUCUGGCAGUACAACGCGCAGUGCAAGGGUCCCAAAGCCAUGCGACUGAUCAACGGUGGAGCCACUUCACCUCUUUCCACCUCUACUAGUCCUUUGAGUAGCUGCUACGAUGGUAGCAGCAGCAUAGGUGUGAGUGGAGUGGGAAAUUGUUCUAUUGCUGCUCACUCCCUACCCCAGUAUCCUCUUGUGGUGUUUGAGGAUCCAGUUCAGAAGCGCAACGAUCUGGUGCACUGCUCAAAGCUGCGUCGGGGUGAUGGAAACGACGUGACACCGAAUAUCUUGCGACUACGCUCCAUGGGUGAUGAGUUGGACCGACUGUCAGCACAGAUAACACGCCAAGGGGAGAUCAUAAUGGCUGGUGGAGGAGGCGGUGGCAGUGGAUCAACAGGAGGUGGUGGAGGGGGAGGCGGCGAUUUGAAUGGACUCCUCCCACCCUCACGCUUUGACAUGGAGGCUGUUGUACCACCGUCCUGGCGUGUUGAAGAGGCCAAAAGGGAGAAAAAUAAAUUAGCCAGCAAGAUUUGUCGGCUAAAGAAGAAGGCCUUCCACGAGUCCAACAAAAUCAAAUACACAGGUCUUGGACUGGAGUACAGUAAGUUUCGCCUUUUGCUACCAAAUUAUCCACGUCGUGGUGGACCUCAUUCAAAACAUCCGAAAGUGGAAGGAAAAGAGUGGGCACGACAGAGUGUGACAAUCGACAAAUACCCGACUGGCGAGUUGAGGAACAUCGCUGCUGCUGCUGCUGCUGCUGCUGCUCCUGCCUUAUCUGAUUGCCUACUUGAUGUGGCGGCGACUGGACUGACUCCUAUUGUGUUUGUUUCAAAAGUCUCCUUCGUUCCAGAGGAGCUCGCCUGCCUGAUCACGAGUUUGAAGAAGAUGAUUGCCCAGCGCGUGAGUCCCUCACUCGCUAGGCUGCUUCAACAGUCUCAGCAAGUCGGCGAUAAAGGCGCUGCCGUCAAGGUAGGUGCUAGCACUGCAGGCGCAGAUGCUGAAAAGUCUGGAGGCAGUUCCGAUCCUGAGCAGACUGGUGCUUUAUUUUCACGUGCCAAGUGGCUUGCGUCAACUACCCAUGUGACUCGAGUUGCUGGUCGGAUGGACGCUUUUGUGGAGGAGGUAUUAAAUCUAACAAAGACAACUCAGACAAAGCAUCCACUGAUAAAGCGGUUAUCAAGCAGUUGUAAUAGUACAAGUGUUGCAGGUGGAGGAAGCAGGGAAAUUACUACAUCUGUAGCUCCGAAGUUCUCUUCAGUUGAACCAUCUCUGAACCAAUUGCCUGCAGAACCAGCGGACACGAGCUUUGCCUACGGCACUCACAGUGCUUAUGAGUAUGUCCAACGACCCGGCUUUUCGACAGCUCUGGAUCUAUCCAACAUGAUUCGGUCUGGAGCAGAACGGCCCGCAGACUACCACCAAGCAAACUACGACUGUGCUAGACAAGCUGAGUGGGGAGAUUACAGUACGGCUGGAGUGUACAAUGCGAUAUCCAUGGGUGAUGACACCAUUUACGAUACCACUGCUUAUAUUACCGCCUAUUAUCCCCAAGUUGGGGUUACUGCAGCUCAGGAAUUUCCCACCACCUACACACCACAAUUCUAUGAUGCAAUGAGCACACAGAGCAUGACAGGCUAUCAGAGUCUGCAACAGGCGACCACGAAGGUAUUGGGAGGCGAAGUCUCGGUCUCAACAGAUGUUCCGAAUGCGGAUAAUGGCAUUGCGGUUAAUUGCCCCCAGCGUCUGUCCGUCAUCACCUAA